UAUUAUUAUUAUUUUUUUUCAUUACAUCCGACGACUUCGAUUGUUUUCAUUUCUGAUUCUUUCUGUUUCAUCUUCCCUUUAAGGAUUUUGUACUCCUUUUGAGAAGCGACAAUGGCGCCGGCGAAGAAGACUAAGAAGACUCAUGAGAGCAUUAACAACAGGCUCGCCCUUGUGAUGAAGAGCGGCAAGUACACACUGGGGUACAAAACCGUUCUUCGCACUAUCCGCAGCUCCAAAGGAAAGCUUAUUAUUCUAUCGAACAACUGCCCGCCUCUGCGUAAAUCCGAAAUUGAAUACUACGCAAUGCUUGCCAAAAUUGGGGUUCACCACUAUAACGGAAGUAAUGUUGAUCUUGGAACUGCUUGUGGCAAGUAUUACCGCGUCUCCUGCCUCAGCAUCAUUGACCCAGGUGAUUCGGAUAUUAUCAAAUCGCUUCCAGGUGAUCAGUGAUUAUUGUACCCUGUAGAACUUAGUUUCUUUCUUUCUUUCUUUCUUUUUUUUUUGUUUUUUGUUUUUUGUUGCACAUUUUCUCUUCAGCUAAUGCUAGAAUUUUGCAUCGAUUAUUAUGUCCUCAGAAUAGCUUCCUACUUUCUGCAUUAAAAAAAUUUAUGUUGAUAACUUGAUUUUGUCAA